UCAGAUGCAUAGCCUACUGUAUGAGAGUCAGAUGCAUAGCCUACUGUAUGAGUGUCUGCUGGAGUAGUGCAGGAAGAUGAGCGGCGAGAGCUUUAACUUACUAGCUGUCUCAACUAGAGGCCCCAUUUAUUAUGGUUAUUUGAAUUCUAUAAAAUUCAAAACUUAAUGAUCAUGAUACAUUGUAGGUUCCAAGGCCAGACCAGUUGAAAAACACUAAAGCUAAAGGAUUUGUGUUGGGGGGUUAGUGUCAGGGAUUACCAACUGUCAUCCAAGUGCAUUGAGGCCGUGGAUGACAUUGCAUGACUAUAUUUAGAAUAUUUGAUCUGGAAGGAAGCAUAUUUUGCUGUGAAGCAUGAUGCGUCCGUGUGCUUCCAUUUGUUAACAAAUUGUUUGCUUCUCUAUGCAGCUAUGACCCUUGUGCCCUGAAGAACCAAAGUUGCUGUCCUUCCCUUGCCCCCUCGCUAUAGCCUGGAGCUGAGUGGAGAUGGAGUGACGAGAUGGACCUGCACACUCCACGCAACUCUUAGAACAACAUUCUUUAUGAAGAUCGAUCAAGGCAUUCCAUGACUUCCUGCAUUUGGCUGCGCUCUUUUGGAAGGAGGUUGUGUGGAUGGAAGGAAGCAUGUUUCUAUGUAUGUUUGUGAUUACAACAACAACAACAACAAAAAAAUAAAGGAAUCAUCCACCUUCUCCAUAUCAAGCACUAGAAGGACUUUUCAAGUACAUGAAGACAAAAGCAGCACGCAGCCAAGUGAGUAAACAAAGACGGCGCACAACAGCAUCAGGCAUUACUGAACAAAGGCCCGAGGCGAGCUUGCCGGGAGGAAACUUGUAGGCUGCAGAACUUCAAAAAGCCUCUGUGUUGAUAUUCUGCUGUUACCAUGCCAACCGGAAAGGAAAGGCACACGGAGGUGAAGGAGGAUUCCAGUCGUAGUGAUGAAGACCAGAUUAUUCACCACCUUUUCCUCUCCCUCUCCCAUCCGCUCUUUCUCUCCAUCAUUCAUUCCCUUUUAAAGAAAUCAUCUUUGAAGUCGUGAUACAUUUUUUAAUGAAAGAGUUACACUUUGUGAAUAGGCUCCAUGGGCAGAUUUAUUUACAACUGUAAUUCUUUGUUCUCCUGGAGUAAUAUUUUCUUUGUCGUACUGGUCCUAGAAGUGAAGUCAUUUCCGCUUGUGUACGGUUCAGGGGAACGUUAGUCUCAGUAAAACUGGAACUGAUCUUCAGGUUUGGCAGAAGCUCUGCCUGCUACUUGUAGCAACUUCCUGUCACCUUCUCACUGAUAUAUAAAAUACAUAAAAAUUUCAUGAAACCGGUUCAACUCCAGUGGACUGAAGUUCUAGUUGCAAUGUAAAACUCCAGGCUGUGUGCUAUAAUGAUGUAGAUUUCUGGUUUAUCCCAUGUAUUACUGUUAGUUAUUUUAUGGUGGUUGUUGUUCUUUUUUUGUUUUGUUUUGUUUUUGUAUGAUAUGAAAAACCAAUGUCAAAAGCAAGUUUCAUUGAUGACUGUUCAUUUACAAAGUGUACUCAGUGAAUAUAAUGUUAAGAUUACGUUGGACCUCAUUGAGAUGUGGAAAAGAACCAGAAAAAGACUUUUGGUACUAUGUACCUGUAAUAUGUUUUCUGACGUAUAUAUGUGUACCUAAUCUAUAAUAUAUUUAAAUUGUGUCUGAUUUAAAUACAUAUAUUAUUGAAAUGCUGUAUCUUGUCGUUAUUUGAAGUUGGAUUGUGUAAAGUAAUAAGAAGCUUAGAGAGUUGUUAAAACUAUUUAACCAAACACAUUCAAACUAAGUAAAUACAUGUUAUACCUCCUAGAGAUAGUUACAUCCUUAAAAGCAGAUGUACAUCUGCAGUCAGAUGGUCAAGGUUCCACUUAAUUUCAGUGAACUGUUCCGUGAAGCGGCCAGAUGAUGGCGCUCGGAUCCAUGUCGUGUCUGAGGAGGCGGCUCAUGUUGGAAGUGAGGCCGCUUGGAUCAUACUGUAAAUGUAUGAUAAAGUAGGCGCCUUGAUGACUUGCUGAAACACCUUGUCACUUAAAUGUUUAUUUUCCUCACACAACGACAAUGAUCAGUUUUACCACCAUAGGCUAUGCAACCCCGUGUUAAGGAGCUUUCAACAAAUUUCACAAUCAAAUUUGUAGAAAAACAGAUCAAAUGAUGAGAACAAUGAGCGCAGGUAGUCCUGUGAGGUGAGCAUUGAAAACGUCCCACAUGAGGAGGUGACGCCCACUCCAGCGCGCGACGCUGGCCGUGUACUGUAAACUUGACCACUCUUCCUACUGGCAACCACACUUACGCUCAAGCUCUCAACUGAAGCUACAACUCAACUGCCGCCCGGGACAAGUGGACCGUAGCAAUCGAACGUCAUUUGACCAGUCCUCUUUUACCUUUCAUAUGCCAGGAAAGAGCUCGAGACAGAGAUAUUUUCAUAGGCUAGAGGACUACUCAGCCGCAGGAUGACAGUUGCGCGUGCUCCGUGAACGGUAUUUAUGUUUUGGGUGUGACAAACGUUUCUGUCUGCACCUGUUAAUGACUAUACAAUAUCGGAUAUUACAUCUGAUGGAGAAUGUUUUACAGAAGAAUCUUUGUCCUGUCAACAUGGGACUAAUCAUUCUUUAGAAGUUACAUUUGUGAACUGAUGUAGUUUUAUUGAACCCAUGCGCUGGGCGUUCAUCUACCUUUUCGAUGCAUUUGUCGAAAGAAGGGCACUAUUUGUCACAAUUCAAGUGAUGGUUAUCUGAUACAACACUAGUGGAGAGCUUCUUUUUAACUACCUGGGCGAGUGAACUCCAAAUGCAUUCGUUGCUGGAUAGAAAGAAGAAAGAAGCCGGGAUUGGGUUUGAUCUGUCUCCGAGCCCGUUUCCCCAAGCCGCGAGGAUGUUCAGCUGCGUUGGUUGUUUUUGGGUUCUCCUGUCGUCCGCCCUGGUUGCCGUGUGUAGUUUCAGUUUUAUCUCACCUGCAUGGAUUGUGAAGGAGCACUUGAAAAACAAGGAUUCCGUGAGCUUCGGACUACUUUGGCAUUGCUCCGAGUCUAUGGACCAUAUGUAUAGAUGUUACACUUUCGGGGGCCUUGGAAGAUUUGAUGAAAUUCCGUCCAGUUCUUGGCAGACCAGCGCUGUGCUGUGCUCAGGGGGCUGCGCUCUGCUGGCGGUCAGCUCCCUGCUGGCCAUCAUUACCAUCUUCCUCCCCGGCGGGACGUGCGAGAGGAGGGUUUGCACGCUGACCGGAUACAUGCAGAUGGCCGCAGUGUUCAUCAUGGCUUCAGGACUGCUGGUGUACCCAUUUGGCCUCAGCUCCAAUCUGGUGAAGUCCUUCUGUGGCAAUUCGGACAUCUACUAUGCCGGAGAGUGCCAGAUCGGCUGGGGGUACAUGCUGGCCAUAGUGGGGGUCAUGCUCACCCUCUUCUUGCCCUUCUUUGCCAAGUACGCUCCGAAAGAGCAGAUGUCCCCAACUCCCCUCCCCACCCUUUUAUAAUACAGCAGUCCUAGUUCUCCUCCUCCUCCUCCUGGGCUACAACAUGGGGGAAGCCACCUGAUCCUCCUCAUCCUCACUUUACCACUGGAUGAUGUCAUACCAGAUGAAGAGACCUCUGUGUGUGUUGCUGUGUAUGUUUCGAUGUGUAUUUCCAUACCGUCUUCCCUCAUACAUAAUAAGCUAUUUCUUCCAGUGAAAUCGCAGGACUAGAAUAUUUGUUUUUGACCAUAAUGCCCUUUGUCAUUAAAUAAUAUGUGUCCCUUCCAAGGGUCUGCAAAGCUUGGCCAUGAUUUUGGUAACUUUCAUCUGCAAGUAGCCUUCUGUCAUCUGUCUAUUUUUUACUUAAUAACACUCUGUAAUGAGAUGGAUUGCCAAGCAACUGCUUGUUGGACAUAACUAUUUGAUCUUUUAUUAAAAAUGAAUAAAGGACAAGAACAUA